AUGGCAGAGUUUAUUAAUUUACGGGCAGAAAAACAUUACAAAGUACGAAGAGGAGCUGAUAACCGAGAUUUUAAAUCACUUUACCGGUUUGAGGAAGAAAAUUUGCAUUACAUUGCAACACACUUUAUGGGCGAGAACAACGAAAGAAGAGGAGGUGCUCUUUCGUCGGACCUUAAAAUUAAGAUAUUUUUACGGUAUAUGGCCAAUCCUGGUUUCCAAACUGGUGUUGCUGAAGAAUUGGGAAUUCAUCAGUCGACAGUAUCAAAAACAAUUACGUUCGUGAUUAACAAAAUACUCGAAAAAGCUCCUUUAUGGAUCAAAUUUCCGUCAACGUUGAACCAAGUAAACGAAGCACAGGAGAGGUGGCAGGAGACAUUUCAAUUUCCAUGUGCGAUAGGCGUAAUUGAUUGCACACACGUUCAAAUAUUGAAACCUAUCCAUCACGGUGAUGAAUACAUCAACAGAAAGGGGUUGGCGACUUUAAAUGUGCAAGCAACGUGCAACUCCAAAGAAAUCUUUACUAGUGUUGAUGCAAGUUGGCCGGGUUCUGUGCAUGACGCUAGAAUUUGGAGAAAUUCUGAAACACGUUUGAUUAUGCAACAAUUCCCUGGUGCAAUAUUAUUAGGAGAUGACGGUUAUGGUUUGGAACCGUGGCUAAUGACACCAUUUCGGAACCCAAAUAACGAAUCUGAAAGAACUUACAACAGAUUGUUUAAGAAAGAAAGGGUGAUUAUCGAAAGAUGUUUCGGCCAACUUAAGCGAAGAUUUCCAAUUCUAAAAUAUAUGUGCCGUGUUAAAUUGGAAAGAGUCCCUUCCGUUAUUGUUUGUUGCAUUGUACUACACAACAUUGCCAAAUAUUUAGGAGAUGCAGAUUUUCCAGAUGAUGAUGAUGAAGAAAAUCUCAAUAACGGCGAAGAAUAUGAAUUAGAAGAAGAUCGUCUUCUUCAGCGUGCAAGAGAGCGAAGACUUGAAAUAGCUGAUGUUAUCUUUACACAGAAUUUGAGGUAG